AUGCCCCCUCCCUCUUGUACUUACAAACAUACACAGAGCUGUGAUCACCUCCUGCACAUGUGUGUGUGCCAAAAGGCUACCGAACAGACCCCUCCCCUGGCCCCUGACAGCCAGCUCCGCUGCAUGAACUUGGCCACCCGUCACAGCUGCGUUAAGAUUGAGGGAUGGGGGGCCCUUGUAUCCAGCUGGAAUGGAAGUGCAAGCUGGCCAGAUGAAGCAGACAGUAACAGAGGAAGGGGAGAAGCCUCCAGAGACUUUGCAAAGUUAUAUGAGCUCGAUAAUGAUCCCAAAAGAAAAGAGUUUUUGGAUGACCUUUUUACUUUCAUGCAGAAAAGAGGGACCCCGGUCAAUCGUAUCCCCAUCAUGGCCAAGCAGGUCCUGGAUCUCUACAUGCUCUAUAAACUGGUGACAGAGAAGGGGGGACUUGUGGAAGUCAUCAACAAGAAGAUCUGGAGAGAAAUCACAAAAGGACUCAAUCUGCCUACCUCCAUCACCAGUGCAGCCUUCACCCUGCGCACACAGUACAUGAAAUACCUUUACCCAUAUGAAUGUGAGAGGAAAGGCCUGAGCUCUCCGGGGGAACUUCAGGCAGCCAUCGACAGUAAUCGCCGCGAAGGCCGUCGUCCCAGCUACAGCAACAGCCUCUUCCGCUUUUCUCCUUCACCCAGCACAGCUCCCCACAUCCUUUCACCUCCCAAGAUGCACCUCUCUGCUCUGGGAGCCGGUGCAGGAGCCCUCAAUGGCCUGCAGCCUUCACCAGGACCCUCUCUGAAAAAAGAGGACCUGACCCCUUCCAUCAUGGCAGCAAGACCAUCCAUGGCUCUGGCCCUAGGGCAUCAGCAGGUGGCUGGUUUGGCUCGAGCUGCCACUCUUGAGCAGCUGAGGGAGAAGCUAGAGACCAGUGGUGGAGUUGAGGGACCAGAGAGAAAGAUGGCUCGCAUUGCAGAGGAGCAGCAGCGCCUCAUGCAACAAGCUUUCCAGCACAAUCUACUUGCCAUGGCGUCCCAAAUGCCCAUGAAUUUGCGGCUUGCACCUCCUCCUAUUACUGCCAGAGAAGAGAAGCCACAGGACAUGUCUCUGAGUAUCUCCACCAAUGGGAACGCCAGCAUCACUGUUUCAGUGGAAGUUAAUGGCACAACCUACUCAGGAACCCUAUUUGCCCAGAAGACUGGAGUCAACCCUAUGGUCUCGGCUGCUGCUCCCUCUGGUUCUCCUGCUGGAACAAGCUUUAGCUUCUCUGGUCCAACUGCUCACACCCUCAGCCCUGCGUCUUCCUCUUCAUCCAAGGGUCCUGGCUCGGCUGAGCCUCUUCCUGGGGGGUCUCCCUGA